UGAAAAAGCGUUACAAGUUCUCGUGACUGAAUUUCACGCGUCGAUCUUUUUCCUUUUUCCCUUUUUCUUAAUUCUCUCCUCUCUUCUCCAUUCACUAAAGCCACCGCAAUACGCAGCAGCUUCAGUGUGAUCGCUUUUUCCCUUUGACUUUUCUGCCAUCCAAUUCCAUCUCUCCUCCCCCCCCCCCAAAAGACCAAAACAGUACGUCUCAAAUCAACGAGGGAAGAAAACGGAAGAAAAGAAUCUUGAGAAAGCAGAAUUGCCCACGAGAUUCUUAUUCGGAUCUCUUCAAAGCCACACCUCUCUCACACCUCUCCUCCCCUGCUUGCAUACUUCCAUCGUUUCGGCACCUCCAAAAUCUUACAACCACAAAGCUCAUUGUGUGUCACUCGACGCGUCUUUAGACAGGCACGCGGGUAUUUUUUAUUUUAGUUUGGAGGAUUGUCAGGGAUAUUUACCCGGUAGCGGCGAAACUUGUAUUAUAUGGACAACAGACCUGCCUCGGAGUACGCGCAGUCAGGUUCGCACUUUCCAUAUCCACCGUCUGCCGCGACGCAUUCUGAACUCUCAGCUGCAGACCAAGCUUCUGCUGCUGCCACUGCUCAAUACACUCCCCAACCCGAGGUUCGCCCCAACCCUCAGUACACUCCUCAGCCUGAGGUGCGCCCCGCCGCCAACAUUUCGUCCUCCAACACGCCGCAGUCGGACUACGGUCUGAACGCUCCUCCCGCCGCGCGCUCUCCAGCUUAUCCAGAGUACCUCGCCCGCCCGCACCAGUACCACCACGCCCCCAACACCCAAGCCGGCGGCGCGGCAGGUAUGGCUCAAGCAACAAAUCCUUCAAUCGCGGCCUCCAGCCCCACCUAUCCUCCUCCCUACUCGCCUUACCAGCCUCAGGGCCAUGACAUGGCUCAAUACCAAGGUCACCCCCCUCCGCCGCCUCCUCAGAUGUAUACGCGUCCGGAAUGGUCGCAUGGGUAUGGACAACAUCAACAUGGUCUGCCUGGACCUUAUACCACUCCUGCCACAACGGUUGGUCCCGCCUCCCCUGCUGCGACCGCAGGGCCGCGCCCUGGCCAGGUUUACUCGUUCGUUCCAAUUCCCGGUGCGCAACAGCACAAGAGACCGCGUCGCCGGUACGAGGAAAUUGAGCGUAUGUACAAGUGCGGGUGGAAUGGAUGCGAGAAGGCCUACGGGACUCUCAACCAUUUGAAUGCCCACGUGACAAUGCAGUCUCACGGAAACAAGCGCACUCCCGAAGAAUUCAAGGAAAUUCGCAAGGAGUGGAAGGCUCGUAAGAAGGAGGAAGAAGCUCAGCGCAAGGCUGCUGAGGAGCGUGAGCGCGCCGCUGCCGCUCAGGCUGCCCAAGCCAACCAGGUCGACGCCCCCAACCCCGCGGAUCCCCAGGGCGCUCAACCUCCCGCUUACCCCGGUGGUGUCCGGCCUCAGCUGCCUCCGAUUGGAUACCAACCUGCCGAUGGCCAGGUGCCCGGCCAGUACGGUGCCCCGGGUGGUGGCAUGGUCUAUCAGAGCAACGGGCAGAUGGCCUACCCUCCCAACUACCCUCACUCUCCUUAUGGGCAGAGCGGCCAAGUGUAUCAGCAACGUAAGUAGUCAAGCCCUUGUUGUGUUUGCAUUGUUGGUUAGGACCGGGCCAUGAAAAAUACCAAAAAAGAAAGAAUACGAUUCUACGCCACCCAGACGAAAGGAGAAAGAUACACAAAACUACUCCGGGAUUUCAUGGAGAACACGGUCCUCGGAUCUAUUGCAGAAGGGCUUGUAGCUGAUCGACGUUGGCUUUUGCAGAAAACCAAUCGGCCAGCUACCCGCAAUAGAUAUCCCUGCUUCCUUGUUUGAGGUUGCAUACUCUAAUAACAAAAUCUCCUAAUCCCACAUCGCCACCCCGGAUCUAAUUCUCUAAAGUCUUGCGCACAUGAUACCAUUUUCUGGCCUUGAUUGCUCCAGUCAAAAAGAGUGGCCUUGCGACUUACACUUUUGUUCCCAGUUAUGUUUUUUUGAAUUAGAUCGCAUGAGCCAAAGAAUAUCCCCGAGUAAUGGGAGGGGGAAGUUGUAUUGUUUUCCCUGUGUGGAUAACUGGCUAUCGGAUUGUGAAUUGGGACGUCUGGCGGGGCUUUCUGCAUUUAGCUGAGCUUUUUUUUUUUUAUGUUUAUCUCCUAUGUGUUACUUUCUCUUAUUCCCAUUUGCCUUCAUUGGAUGGCUCUUUCCCCCUUUCUCUCUCCACUUGACUGUGGAUUAUGUCGACCUUGUCUCUACUAAACUUUUCCGAUGUUGUAUGUGAACUGUCUGCAAUUGUUUCUCUUCUUUUGCCAUGCCUUGUGUGUUGUGGCCAAAUUUAUGUUACCCUGGGUUUUGGUCCCCGAAUUUGCGCAAUAUCCCAUUGUGAUCUCUUGCACCGGUGACCUGUUUGAGUGCCGGUUUGGUGGCUCGAUUCUUUUUGCUUCUCUUAUUUCCUUUUGUUCUUUUCUGUCUCUCCCAUCUCUGUCCUCGAGAGUUUAAAAUGCCUACAUCUAGGUAUUACAUGUCGAUAGUGAGGAUGCUAUGGCACAGAUGGCACAUUUUCAACUGUGAUUAAUACACCGCUUGUACGUUGAUGGAUUGAAUUUGGUAGAUAGAUGGGUCUUGGUGAUCUGUCACGCCGACGAAUUGAAAGUAUGAUAGGAUGACCCCCUUACA